GUCUUCAUUUCAUUACAUAGCAUGGUCAGGGAGUCCACCUGGGCUACACGGAAGCAUGCAAAUACAUUCUGUUCAUGGAAUUUUGAAAGUUGUAGUUAGUACUGAAGUGUGACAUGUCUGUCAUAGCAGACUACCAGAAGUCAUUCAGUUUUUCGUGUCAGUGCUAGGUCCGAUGUCCACAAUUGGGGCGGUCAUCAGACACCGCAGUUCUGGGGGUAGAUACAUGAGAAAGACAUUAAGAGAAGAUGAUGGAGCAAGGAGUGGCCAAUGAGUGGGCAGCAUCAGUGGAGAGCACAGAACCUGAAAGCGGGCUCAAGAGAGACUCAAGUUCCAGUGAGGACCCAAGUGACAGCCACGGACAGUGAUGAGGAGCAAGAACAGUGGAUGGAGAAAACAGCAGGUGUUAAAGGUGAUAGCAGCGUGGUUGGUCCCCUGCCUGUGGGCUCAUCUAGCAUCACUGGUCUGAUAGAGUUAGGCGAUAGCAGCGUGGUUGGUCCCCUGCCUGUGGGCUCAUCUAGCAUCACUGGUCUGAUAGAGUUAGGCGAUAGCAGCUUGGUUGGUCCCCUGCCUGUGGGCUCAUCUUCUGGCAUCACUGCCCUGAUAGAAUUUGGGAAGGCCUCAUUGCCAGGUGAAUGUACUGCCAUGGCUGCCUACGUGAACAUUGAGGCUGCAUGGUUAGCGUCAUGGUGCGAGUGGACUGACCGAUGAAAUCUCCAAAGUGAAGAGGCAGAUUACAUCAUAAGUAGCACAGACCUCCUCAUAUGAAAGCUGUGGCUAUGCCCCAGGA